GGGCACCCAGUGAGUUACACCUGUGAAGCGGAGACAACCACCGGAAAAGACAGCCCUAAGCUUAGCCUUUCACGCCCACUUCACGCACAAACAGCACGGGUGGCCCCAGGUCGUCAUCCACUUUGCGUUCUGACUGGGCUGUGGGCUGACACUCCAGCAACACACCACACACUGCAUUGGAGAAAGUGUCCAAGCUUUCCUUCUGAAGUACUCCUUUAGAAGAGUCAGGGGAGAAAAGAAAGUCACUGUUUUAUGCCCAACUUAGAGUCACUUAUCUCUGGGGCACACAGCGUUCUGAAGCUCUUUAGAAAGCAACUAACUUAUGUCAGUUAACUAGGUUUGGAAAGGUGACCCAAAAUCUCAGAUAUCUGCCUCAGAGUGAACUCUGGGAGUGCGAGGACCAGUGCCAGAUCCUCUGUUGCCUUAUCAUGUACAGCAGAGCUUACAUCUUGCUGCAAAGAGACUUCCAAGAGUUGAAGAGGAACAAUUAUAAGGGUAUUAAUGCCUUUCCUAUCAGUGAAGAUAUGUUGGAAUGGGAAGUUGAUAUUAAAGGUCUGCAGAAUACAAUUUGGCAAGGAUCAUUCUUCCAACUGACAAUAAGUUUUACAUCAGAGUACAAUUUUGUCCCUCCAGUUGUGCGAUUUAGAACGAUUCCUUUUCAUCCAAAUGUAGACCCAUACACUGGCCGGCCUUGUAUAGAUUUUUUGGACAACCCUCGUAAGUGGAAUAGAAACUAUACAUUGAGCAGCAUCUUACUUACCCUCCAGGUUAUGCUUUCUAAUCCAGUGUUAGAAAAUCCGGUGAAUUUGGAAGCAGCCCAAAUAUUGAUGAAAGAUGAAACUCUGUACAGAUUAAUAAUUCUAAGACUUUCCCGCCAGGCAUUAAAAUUGAACAAUGACAGUUCUGAGUCACAUAAAGAGCCAGAUAAACUUAUCAGAUCAAUUAAAUCAAUCUCAUUUAAUGAUUACUUCAAGACAUGGUCUGGAAUAGCCACAUCAAAAGCCACAGAAUGUUACAGAACUCCAUUGCUUGACGAUCCAGAUUUCAUUGGAGAGUAUUAUAAGUGGAAGAAAAAUGAGAUAAGACAUCCCAAAGAAUGGCAUUUAAAGUAA